CCAAAGCAAGCAGUAGCCAAGAACAGAAGCAAAGCUUCGUCCGGGGAGAACGUACUAGUCACCCACAGCAAGAAACCACCCCCCAUCCAUGGAAGACCCCUACACGAGCUUCUUCAAGAGCAGCUACUACUACUACGGCUCCUCCUACCCCGCUGCCCCAGCUCCCCACCAUCUCCCACCGUACACCACCCUCUACCCGGCGGCGGCGUCUCAUCAGUACCCUGCGUGCUUCUUCCAGCCGCCGCCGCUGCCGCUGCAUGAGCAUGACAGCCCGCCCUCGCCGCCGCUACGGGAGGCGCUGCCCCUCCUGUCGCAGUCGCCUACGCGCGCCGCCUCCCGGGCCCGGCGGCCGCGCCCGCACGUGGCGGUGGACUCCGACUCCGAAGACGGCGCCGAUGACUUCCUACGCGAGGGCGCCGUCGGCAGCUCCGUGGCCCCCUCGACCACUACGACGCGUGCGCCGCUCUUCGCCGACCUCAACUGCAUGCCCUCCUGCUGCGACGACGACCCGAUGGACCUGGAGGCGGCCGCCGCGGCGCCCACGGACGACGACGCCGACGACGCCGCGGUCGCGCUGCGCAUCGGCCUGCCCCCGGCUCCCGUCAACGGCUGCGGUGGCGCGGGGUCUGACCUCCGGUCCGGGCUCUCCGGCAGGGGGGCCUGCGGCGGAAUGGAGGCCGAGGAGGACGAGGACGAGUGCAACAAGGUGGGCGACGGCGACGGCGACGAGGUGGUGCCGCUAGGGUUCGCGUCCACGCCCAUCGGGAGGCUCAACAAGGGGCAGUACUGGAUCCCGACUCCGGCGCAGAUCCUCAUCGGGCCUACGCAAUUCUCGUGCCCCGUCUGCUACAAGACCUUCAACCGAUACAACAACAUGCAGAUGCACAUGUGGGGGCACGGUUCGCAGUACCGCAAGGGCCCGGAGUCGCUCCGCGGCGUGCAGCCGACGGCGAUGCUCCGGCUGCCGUGCUACUGCUGCGCGCCGGGGUGCCGCAACAACAUCGACCACCCGCGGGCGCGGCCGCUCAAGGACUUCCGGACGCUGCAGACGCACUACAAGCGCAAGCACGGGCUGAAGCCCUUCCUGUGCCGCAAGUGCGGCAAGGCGUUCGCCGUGAAGGGCGACUGGCGCACGCACGAGAAGAACUGCGGCAGGCUAUGGUACUGCCUCUGCGGCUCCGAGUUCAAGCACAAGCGCUCGCUCAAGGACCACGCGCGCGCCUUCGGCCACGGCCACGGCGGCGCCUUCGGCUGCAACCUCGCCGGCGCCGACGGCCUUGACGACGACGACGACGGCGCCGUCUCCGACAUCGAGCACGACUGCGCCGCGCGGUGAUCCGUGGCCGUGCUUGUUGUUCAUGCAUGCAUUGUAUUGUUAGUUGCUUCCCGUGUCGCUGUCGACGUCUACUACUGUGGUAGUUUGUUAAUCAGGGCUGUGGAGGUCAGGUGGGCUUGUGAUGAAUUGUGUGAUCCUGUGUUCGUUCGUGCCGAUCGAUCGAUCGAAAGGCCGGGCUCUACUGUUAGUCUGUUACUAGGGACGGUGCAUGGUGAUUCAGGAUUGGUGUUAUUAGGGUGCAUGGUGAUAUCAACAGAUCAUCAUGCCAUAUUAAUUAAGUCAUGAUUGGGGGAAAAACAGCAUCCUGGGUUAUGAUUUCGUGUCUGGUGCUUCUUGAUCAAACCUCCUCACCUAAUUUUCCCGAGUUAACUGCUGCUGAAAUUUCUCUGUUUAGCUAGCUCAAGCCACAGUUAAGUGCUGCUGCUACAGUACUUGAGAAAU